AUGCUCACAAGGAAAAGGAAGACCGGCAGCCGCGACCACAGUGAACCGGACAGUGAAGCAGAGCUACAGUUGCAUGCUAAUCAAGAGCAAGCAGCAUCUGCAUCAGCGACGGGUCAACCGUCUGACAUCGAAUGUGACAGUGUCGUCCAUAAUGAAGCGGACCAAAACCUAACAGACACAGUACCGGCAGGAAAUGGGAUAAACGGCUUCGAGAAGAAUCGAAGUGACAAUGAAAUUAAAGAAAAUGCUGAAGCAGCUGAUGAAAUUCCUUCAGAUGCUACCAAAGAAACGGAACAAAGCCAGAACGUCCACAGAGAAUCGGACAGCCAUUCAGACCAAAUGUUGGAUGGUAAUCAAGACCAGGCAGACUCUGCGUCAAGGAUACUUCAACAAUCUGACACUGAACGUGGCAGUGCCGUCGUUAGUAAAGCGGGUGAAGACCAACCAGAGACACAACCGGAACCAGACAAACGAAGUGGCAGGGAUGUUAAUGAAAAUGAAGACAAUUGUCAUGACGAUCCUCCGGAGGCUGACAACGAAACGGAAGAGUGCCACUGCAAACGGAGUGAAUUGGACAGUGAUACAGAUAAAACGACAGAUGCUGAACAUAGCCAAGCUUUAUCUACGUCAGGGAUGGGUCAACAGUCUGAUACCGAACGUGACAGUGCUAUCGGCAAUGAAGCGGAUGAAGACCAACCAGAGACUGUACCAGGAGAAUGGAUGCAGGGCUUCGAAGAGAACCUGAGGAACAUAGAAAUUAAAGACAAUUCUGAUACCUCAAAUGGAAUUCCUCCAUUUCAUGCUCCAAAAGAAACAGAACAAACCCAGAACGUCCAGAGUGAAUCGAACAAAGGUACAGAGCAAAGGUUGAAUGAUAAUGGAGACCAGGCAAAAUCUGCCUCAGGGACAGUUCAACAGUCUGACACCAAAUGUGAAAGGGCCAUGCCUUCGGAACAGCCUGAAGAAAAAGCAGAGACACCAUCGGAAGCUGAAUACCAAAGUGACAAGGGAAGUACAGAAAAGGCCGACUCUUCUCAUAAAGUUCCUCCGGCGGCUCACGAGGAAAUGGAAGAGCUCCACAGUGACAGCAGUGAAUCCAACAGUGAGGCAGAGCAGAAGUUGGAUGUUGAUCAGGACCGAGCAGUAUCUGCGUCAGGGACUGUUCAACAGUCUGACACCCAAUGUGACAGUGCCGUCCACAAUGAAGCGGAUGAAGACCAAGUAGAAUCAGUAACAGGGGAAGAAAGAAACGAACUCGAAGAGAACCGAAGUGACAAUGAAAUUAAAGAAAAUGCUGAAGCAGCUGAUGAAAUUCCUUCAGAUGCUACCAAAGAAACGGAACAAAGCCAGAACGUCCACAGAGAAUCGGACAGCCAUUCAGACCAAAUGUUGGAUGGUAAUCAAGACCAGGCAGACUCUGCGUCAAGGAUACUUCAACAAUCUGACACUGAACGUGGCAGUGCCGUCGUUAGUAAAGCGGGUGAAGACCAACCAGAGACACAACCGGAACCAGACAAACGAAGUGGCAGGGAUGUUAAUGAAAAUGAAGACAAUUGUCAUGACGAUCCUCCGGAGGCUGACAACGAAACGGAAGAGCGCCACUGCAAACGGAGUGAAUUGGACAGUGAUACAGAUAAAACGACAGAUGCUGAACAUAGCCAAGCUUUAUCUACGUCAGGGAUGGGUCAACAGUCUGAUACCGAACGUGAAAGUGCUAUCGGCAAUGAAGCGGAUGAAGACCAACCAGAGACUGUACCAGGAGAAUGGAUGCAGGGCUUCGAAGAGAACCUGAGGAACAUAGAAAUUAAAGACAAUUCUGAUACCUCAAAUGGAAUUCCUCCAUUUCAUGCUCCAAAAGAAACAGAACAAACCCAGAACGUCCAGAGUGAAUCGAACAAAGGUACAGAGCAAAGGUUGAAUGAUAAUGGAGACCAGGCAAAAUCUGCCUCAGGGACAGUUCAACAGUCUGACACCAAAUGUGAAAGGGCCAUGCCUUCGGAACAGCCUGAAGAAAAAGCAGAGACACCAUCGGAAGCUGAAUACCAAAGUGACAAGGGAAGUACAGAAAAGGCCGACUCUUCUCAUAAAGUUCCUCCGGCGGCUCACGAGGAAAUGGAAGAGCUCCACAGUGACAGCAGUGAAUCCAACAGUGAGGCAGAGCAGAAGUUGGAUGUUGAUCAGGACCGAGCAGUAUCUGCGUCAGGGACUGUUCAACAGUCUGACACCCAAUGUGACAGUGCCGUCCACAAUGAAGCGGAUGAAGACCAAGUAGAAUCAGUAACAGGGGAAGAAAGAAACGAACUCGAAGAGAACCGAAGUGACAAUGAAAUUAAAGAAAAUGCUGAAGCAGCUGAUGAAAUUCCUUCAGAUGCUACCAAAGAAACGGAACAAAGCCAGAACGUCCACAGAGAAUCGGACAGCCAUUCAGACCAAAUGUUGGAUGGUAAUCAAGACCAGGCAGACUCUGCGUCAAGGAUACUUCAACAAUCUGACACUGAACGUGGCAGUGCCGUCGUUAGUAAAGCGGGUGAAGACCAACCAGAGACACAACCGGAACCAGACAAACGAAGUGGCAGGGAUGUUAAUGAAAAUGAAGACAAUUGUCAUGACGAUCCUCCGGAGGCUGACAACGAAACGGAAGAGCGCCACUGCAAACGGAGUGAAUUGGACAGUGAUACAGAUAAAACGACAGAUGCUGAACAUAGCCAAGCUUUAUCUACGUCAGGGAUGGGUCAACAGUCUGAUACCGAACGUGAAAGUGCUAUCGGCAAUGAAGCGGAUGAAGACCAACCAGAGACUGUACCAGGAGAAUGGAUGCAGGGCUUCGAAGAGAACCUGAGGAACAUAGAAAUUAAAGACAAUUCUGAUACCUCAAAUGGAAUUCCUCCAUUUCAUGCUCCAAAAGAAACAGAACAAACCCAGAACGUCCAGAGUGAAUCGAACAAAGGUACAGAGCAAAGGUUGAAUGAUAAUGGAGACCAGGCAAAAUCUGCCUCAGGGACAGUUCAACAGUCUGACACCAAAUGUGAAAGGGCCAUGCCUUCGGAACAGCCUGAAGAAAAAGCAGAGACACCAUCGGAAGCUGAAUACCAAAGUGACAAGGGAAGUACAGAAAAGGCCGACUCUUCUCAUAAAGUUCCUCCGGCGGCUCACGAGGAAAUGGAAGAGCUCCACAGUGACAGCAGUGAAUCCAACAGUGAGGCAGAGCAGAAGUUGGAUGUUGAUCAGGACCGAGCAGUAUCUGCGUCAGGGACUGUUCAACAGUCUGACACCCAAUGUGACAGUGCCGUCCACAAUGAAGCGGAUGAAGACCAAGUAGAAUCAGUAACAGGGGAAGAAAGAAACGAACUCGAAGAGAACCGAAGUGACAAUGAUAAGGUUGCGCCCAGUAUGCGCAGCAGCUGGACGGAGCAAAGCUUCCAGAAUGAGCGCCUGUUCAACGUGAAUUUCGACAAUAGUUUCUGUCAGCAAUUUGCUAAUGCCGGAGUGCGGAUUGCUGGAGUGGUUGCCCAAUUCCGCUGA